UAUCAUGCUAUGUUCGGGAGUGAAUGGUUUGUUUUGGAAUUAUUAUUGAACUGAAAAUACCAAAUUAGAAUACAUUAUGCCCGGUGCUACUUGGGAUACAAAUACAACGAGAAUGCUGAGUCGAUGGAAGAAUGUUGUGCAUUCUGUACGUUCAAGUUUAGCGGUGAAGAAUAGCCAAGAAAACGGCGCGAAAAACAAAGACUCCAACCUAGAUGCUCUAUGCGACGGAGAACCUCUGCCAUCUUUGGAGGAGGUUCGUUGCUGGGGGAAAUCAUUCGAUAAAUUAAUGAGAAGUUCAG